GUCGUUACCCAGGCUGCCCGGCCCUUUGGCGCGAGUAUUUUCCCGCGGGCUGGCUGUGUGAGCGGAGAGAAACUCGUGUGUUGUUGUGGAGAGGCCUCCUAGGCUCGGUGCUGGGCAAUGCGUGGAUAGACACGGCUGUCCGAGUUCUGAGCACCAGAAUGAUGGCUGCUGUUCAUCCAGCCGCUUCUGGCUUGUUACCACUGUUGGCGACCUUGGAAGACUCCUCUGUAUCAUCUACAGAGCAGGUUGAUGCCUACCUUACCAUAUCCAGUCGCCUUAGUGGAGAAGAUGGAAAGGAAUUUGCGGGUGCAGUUGGCAAACAGUUUACUCGACUCUGUGACGUACUUAAAGGUCAUCUUUCCAAUUUGGAUUUGGAACUUUGUAAUGCUGCGCUACAGGCCUUGGGAUUUUGUGUCUUUCACAGUAGUAUUAGUGCUGCGUUGUCAGCACCUGAAGCUAAACAGUUGCUUUUGACACUCUGUGACAUUGCAGUCACCUCAACCGAUAAGAAUACGUGUACAAGGGCACUUUGGGUAAUGGCUAAGCAGACCUUUAGUCCUGAAGUCGUUGAAAAAGAGGUUCCAAAAAUACUUUCAGCAGUGGAAACAAUAUUUACUAGAGAUCAGCAGUCAGUGGUUGUUGAACAUGAAGCACUAAAUCUUAUUGUGAGGCUUUUGGAGCAGACGCCUGAACAAAUGGGACAGCACGCUGUUCAAUGGGUCAAGUUGCUACUUCCUCUCGUCGUUCAUUCUGCUCCCAAGGUUCGGUUGCGGGCAGCAACAGCGUUGGAAUUGGGGCUACCGCUUCUGCUCCAAAAGCAGCAGGAGGUGGCAGUUGUAACUGAGCCGUUAAUGAUGUCAAAAAUUAUUCCAGAGAUGCAGAAGCUAUUUACAUCGAAAAAUGAAACAUAUGUGCUGAAGUUGUGGCCACUCUUUGUGAAGCUUUUGGGAAAGUCGUUGCAUCGUGGAGGAAGUUUCAUUAACUCUCUCCUGCAUUUGGAGGAGUUGGGAUUUCGUAGUGGCUCUCCAGUUGUGAAGAAAAUAGCUUUCAUUGCUUGGAAAAGCUUGAUUGACAAUUUUGCUUUAAAUUCUGAUAUCCUUUGCAGUGCAAAAAGGCUCCGUUUGCUCAUGCAGCCACUGAGUUCUAUUCAUGUUAGGACUGAGGUUCUUGGCCUUGCCAAGCUGGAGGUGUGGUGGUAUUUGGCUUUGCGGCUGGGUCCCCAAUUAUCUGCUAACUUUGAACAGGUGUGUGUCCCAAUGCUACUGAAUGCUUUUGGUGCUGAUGGAACUACACAUUCAACAAGCAUAUCUUGUAGAACUUCAAUCUGUACACCUACAACACCUGCCUCUGCACAGAAGCCAGCCUUUCCUUUUCCAAGUCCCGCAAUGUCAAGAACGCAAAAUAAUUCCAGCUUCUCUCUCAUGCCAGUAAUGCAAGCCAUGCAGCUUGUGGGAGUCGAAAUAUUACUUCACUUCCUUACGGGUCCUGCAGUUACUGAUCUAGUGAAACAGAACAAUCUUCAACUCAGCCUGGACCCUCUGCAGCAUCCGUUAAUUAACAGCCCUUCGUUCUUUUGCAAGCAUGCUGGCACACUGAUCAAUGCAGUUAAAGAUGCAUUCAUUUCUGUUGGCAAAUUGGGUGAAGAUACCCUGCUUAACCUUAUCUGGCAGCAUCUGAUCAGCUAUGUGAAAAAUGGUAUUGAGUCAGGCUCAAAGAAGGAGCGACAAGUAUCGGAGCUAUUGACGCUGCUACUACAAGCAUUGCAGCAGGUGGUAACUUUGGAUGCUGUCACAGCACACAGAGCUUUAGGUCUUAUAGAAGCAACUAUCAAAGGACUCCCUCAAAAAGUCUUGGGAUCACCUGCAUACCAGGUUGCCAACAUGGACAUUCUGAAUGGCACUCCAGCACUCUUCCUGAUCAUCUUGCUCUUCCACAACAGUUUAGUGGAAUGUUGUGUGGUUGAAGAAAGAUUUUUCACUAUUCUUGAAACUCUCGUUGGUUACGGAUUGUCUGGCCCCACGUGCUCACUGGCAUUCAGUGAGUCAGUUUUAAAUGUUGUUAACCAGUCUGCAGCCCUGGCAGCAAACAAAGAGCACCUCUGGAGAAUGUGGAGCAUUGUUGUUAAUCCGCUGACCGAUCGGGUCACCCAGACAAAUGAGGUAAAUCAAGGAGACGCAUUAGAGCAUAACUUCCGUGCUAUGUACAUUGCAUUGACACUACCAAUCAACCACUUGUUUACCAAACAAAAUCUUCCACAGUCUACAGUGAAGUCAGCACUAAGAACAUGGGCUGAGUUGUAUAAAACAUUUGCACGUUGUGCAGCUUUGGUGGCAACAGCAGAAGCCAACGUCUGCUGUGAGGAGCUGAGUGUCAAAAUUUUAGCAAUACUGGAUGAUGACUCUUUUUCUAGCUUAUCUUCGUUGGAGGCAAUUGUUCAUAUCUUAAAUGUGAUGGUUGAAUGUGUUGACUUCUCUCAGUUCUCAAAGUUUCAACAAAAAGCCAACACACCACACACACCUACACACUGGUUAAAGAAAAAACAGGAGCCUCUUGGAAAUCUCACUUCAUUGCUUAAACUUCUAGUGAAAAUCACAGAUGCUUUUCAUGAGCUAAGUUCCAAGGAAUCUCAGUUUGAAAUGUCAGUUUCUGGAAUGGUAUCCAUUGGAGGUGGCAUUGUCGGCAUUCUCUCCAAUAUCUUCACUCACCUGUCCGUGGCAUCAGCAAUUGAAGCAGUGUUCACCAGCUUAGCAGAUUCCAUAUCCACCUUCUAUGAAAGGACGUCAAACCCAAUUAAUGGAGCUUCAAAGGUGUACACGACUCCACUGUCCAAUAAGCUAGAGAAGUUGCAUGCAGACAUUCUUCAUUGUUUGCAGUCCCGUUACACCUCGGCCUAUGACAGCAGCUUGCUGGAACAGUUGUCAUCACUACUCAGCACCACUUUCUUGCACAAGAACCGGCAAAUCAGGAACCAGACUGCACAGUUUUGGAAUGCUACUUUUGCCAAAGCAACAACACUAAACUACCCACAGCAACUGAAGCCAAUAUUAAGUCGGGUCAAGCAGAAAACUCCCAUAAUUUUGCCUGGUUUUGAGGCAUUGGAGUUGACAGAAGAAUCAAGUGGCCCUUAUUCAGAUCUGUCAGAAAAUUCCCAGCUGGAUGCUAAAAUCAGUGGUGUGGAAGUAAAUUCUGUUGGGAAAAGAAACUCGCUGCUAGCUAAAGCUGAACAAUUGAAAGAGAAAACAUCCCUUCAAACUCCAGCAAAAUUGAAACUAGAUUUCUCUCCCAAAACUCCACGGCGUGAAUUUCUUCUGGAGGAGGAACAAUCAUUGGACUUUGUCUUUAUACCACCUGAACCAAAGCAGAGGAUACUAACCGAGCAUCAGAAAGAGGUGUUGCAGACAAAGAGGACUGACAUUCCCGCAAUGUACAAUAACUUGGAUGCGUCCCAGGAUUCUCACUUGUUUUCCCAGCAUGCAGAGUCUCAGGAAGGAAGUCUAGAAAAAUUGGCAGGAAAAGUUGAGCAAGUGGACAAAACUUCUGACAAGAAACAGCAGGCUGACAGUGUGGUAGCAGAAAGUGAGGUGAUUGCCCCAGUUACAACUGAAGAAGGCACUGGAAGCAUAUUGCUUGAUCAAGAAAAACUGCAGGAUCCUACUGAUCAGGAGAAAAGUGGAAUUCCAAUUUGUCUAGAUUCUAAAGGUUCUGAUGGCAGUGACGAACAGGAGGAAACUAGAAAUGGUGCAGCAGUUUCCCCAUCAGACUGCAUUAGGGGUGACGUUGAAGCAGUCAGCCAUGCAGAUGUCAGUGGCAGUUCCACCUCCUCUGAAGUUGUCUCUGGGACACCACAAAAAACCAGCAGUCGUCGGCAGUCAUUUAUCACGCUGGAGAAGUUUGAUUCUUCUACCCCGUGUUCCUUCAGCAAGUCGCCAAUAAGUAAAUUUACUCAGGUAGCUGCUAAAGCUCCUGUUCCUCUGCAGGGUGAAGUAAUGGAGGUGGAAGAUACACCACAACUUGAAGUGGGUAAGGUUUGCCAGGAGGUCUCUCUGAACACGUCGCUCUCUAGGAGUAGACGAAGUAGACGCUUAGGAAAUAAAAAUGAACAGUCAGUCAUGGAAAAGCCAACCAAACGCAACAAGACUUCUAAAAGUAUGAGGUCUUCUGAAGAAGAGUCAUCUGACAUCAAAGAAAAUUCUUCAGCUGAUAAUGUACAUACAUCAAAAGAAAGCGAUUUGCCUGAGGUUGACUGCAGCCAGAAUUCUGAGUGUCAACCAGAUAGUGAACAACCAGUAGUUGUUGGGGAGAGAAAGUUGGCUUCUGCUGUCAUCUCAAAGGAAAAUCCAUUAUCAGAAAGACCUCCAAGUAUGCAAGAUGAGGCUGAUGAACAAAAUUCUAGAACACCACUAAUUAAAACACGAAGGCAAUCUUCUAGGAAGCAUUUGGAAGUGACAGUGACUGAUCCAGCUAUUAAAAAGGUAAAAAGUGAGAGUUGCAAACUCCGUAAAAGAUCACAAAAUGAUGGUGUGGAGUCUCCUCAGAAUGGGUCCUCUGGGAGUGAUGAGUUGACAAAGGAGGAAGAUAAUAAUUCUAAAACUUCAUCUGACAACUCAGAAACCAAAAAGAGCAAUGCUUCAAAAACUAACUCUCAAGAACCUCUUGGCAAAUGCCGUCCUCGCUACCUCACUCGUAGGUCGUCCCAAGGCCUAUCUGAAGCAGAAAACAGCUGUUGUGAUGUGACUGAAACUGAGAGUUCUGAAAGCAGCUCCAAGCCUCAGAAAGGGCCAAAGAAAAGGAAAGUAUUCAAGGGAAAAACAAAGACAAAAGAGCUGUCUCCUGAGAGCAGCAAGACAAAAACAGCAAAGGAACACAAACUAAUGAUGGGUGGUCAGCCAUGCUCAGAAACUGAAACUGGUGAGGUUAAAAUUUUGAAGGAAAAAGAGGUGGAGCAUCAGGAUGUAUCAGCGACACAAACUGACGAUGCAAGUGAUGUUAAUCCUGUGCAGAAAGCUAUGGAGGUUCAGGCAGUUGAAGAGUCAAGUGUAGAGAUGGAUCCCAAAAUGGACCCAGUAGCAUCUGAUGAGAGGGAACAACCUGAAGCUGUUGAAAAUGUGAAAGUCGCAAGUAAUUUGGAGCAGUGCAAAUUUGAAGAAGCUAGCCCAGUGGUCAAUGUUGAACCUUUGCCUUCUGAGGCAGGAAAUUCAUCUUUUGAGAUGUCAUUUAGUGAUUGCUCAAAUCCCCCGCAUGAGCAGCAUAUAGACAAAAAGGACCAGCAAUUAAAAGGGUGCCAUUUGAGAAGUAAAAGGACACGGAAAACUAAAAGCUGUGAUUGUUGCCAGAAUCCCUUGCAACAGCAUGGGAAGUCGCUAGCUGAAAGCAAAGAAAAUACUGCCAAGCAAGAUUCGCAUUCUGAUGGGCAGAAAGAGCAUAAUUCACACCUGAUUUUUUCCACAUCUUCUGCAGAGAGAUUAUCAGAAGGUUCUGAGUUGAUUAACACUGGAACUGAUGACAAUGGACCGUGUGCAUUCAGCACACCCAUAAAUGAGAACAGUGCAAAACAUCCUUUUGGUCCAUCCUUCAGUACAGUUACAUCCAAAGGGGAUUCCAGUGAAGAAAAAUGCAUUUUACCGGGCUUUGAAGCCUCUGCAGAGCAGAAAGUGGAGCCACGUUCUGCAGAGCAAAAAAUAGAAGAAGCUUUGCAUUGUGAAAAGAAUGAGCAAGUGGAAGUGAUGGAGGCAGGGGACACUGCAAAUCAGAAGUGUCACAUGUCAGAACCAGUAACUGAACCAGUGCCAGUACCAGAACCAGUUACUGAUAAUGCUGGGGAGCCUGCUGCUUUGUUAGGUGAGCCAUCAAUGAUUAAAGAAGCUCAAGAUGACAGCUGUGUUUUAGACCACGGUCAAGUGACUAAAGCAAGUGAGUCUGCCCCACUUGACAAAGUGACUGAUGUACUGGCUGGACCAGAUGAGAGUGAAGAGAUGAGUGCUGUCAACAUGUCUAUGCAAGGUGAACCGGAAACUGCAGUGCAGUUCAAAGAUGCGGAAUCUGGCGAAAAUGAAGAGUCACAAACCGAGGCAGAAAUAACAGCAGCAGUUGAUCUCCCCAAACCGGUGAUACCUGAUAAUAAUGAACACAAGUCAGAGCAACUCAUGGAAUCACCACAGAAGAUAAAAAAUGAUGGCAUGUUUCUGACAGGUUCAAUGCACAGCCCUUCAGGAAUGCAGGCAUGUUGUGUCUGGUCACCUACAGCCUCACCUUCCACAAGUAUUCUUAAGAAAGGAAUUAAGAGGCAGACUGAAACUGAUUCUCCUUCACCACUGAAUAAGAUCCGUAGAGUUUCAUUUGCAGAUCCAAUUCAUCGGGAAGGCUUGGCAGAUGAUAUUGAUCGUCGUAGCCCAGUAGUGAGAUCCCAUUCUUCAGGAAGUUCCCCUGCAUUAAAUCACUCAAUCUCUAAUGGUUCUGUUCGGUCCAGUUUUCAGUACAAGUACAACACUACUCCAACAAAGGGGUUCCAGAGUCCAAGUACUCGCAAUUCAGGCUGUAAGAGUUCGAAGAAAUGUCUGAUCUCUGAGAUGAGCAAAGAGUCUGUGACAUCAUCUUCAGCACGUGUGUAUCCUGCUCUGGUUAGCUGUUCUUCACCCGUCGAAACUAUUCUACCUCAGCUUGCUUCUAAUAUGUGGGCCCGAGGUUUGGGCCAACUUGUAAGAGCUAAAAACAUCAAGACUAUUGGUGACCUGAGCUCGCUCACAGUGGCUGAAAUUAAGUUGCUUCCGAUCCGUUCCCCAAAAGUCUUUGUAGUAAGAAAGGCUCUCAAGGCCUUUUAUGAACAUCAGAGAAAAUCUCUUUGUUUAGAAGAAGACAACGUAUUUGAAGGUGAAAAAUUGGUAAAUGGCACAGAUGACACCAUCAACUCCAGUGCUGAUGAAGAAAAGCUGGCCACAGACUUAAGUGAGACUGCUCCACCUCCUGUUACUCCUCCUUCCCUCGUCUCUGAAGUUAAUGCACUCCAUGCACGCUUUUUCUCUGAGAACUUGAAUGAGCACUCCGGGAGUCAACUCUUCACGAUGCAUCAUCAGCUGAGUGGUAUGAUGGACUGCAUCAUGGAAAACCUGCAGUCUCGUUGGAGGUCCCUACCACAUGAAGCUGCAGACUGAUGGUGUCAAGCUGUGUGAACUGGUAAAACUCGUCUUAAACAGUGGAGGUUAUUAAGCUGCCACAUUCCAUCCCCUUAAAACAAGCUACAGCUUACUAUCGGGUAAUUAUUUGCCACAGUGUUUCAUCCCUGCUUUACUCAUGGUAAAUAUCAGUCUUACAUUGUGCUCAGGUGUGUCCUGUUGCUCUGCCUCCAUUUUAAGAAUUGUGACCUUGAAUUCCAGCCUUAUCUGGUGUUCAAACUUCACUUUUCUUGAGGAUAUCCUGGUAAAAGUGGCACUGGUCAUUGGGGAAUAAGAAAUCAGCCGUGAACAGCACCUUCUCUGUAGAAGCUUGUCCUCCUCUUGACUGCUCGCAGUGGUUUCAGAAAGAGCAAUUUUCUUGGUAAAUGGGGGUAAGGUGUGAUGAGGAUAUUGUAUAAAGGAGUUGCCUGUAACUAAGUAUUAUUUUGAUAGACUGCUUUAUAGAAAGAUAAAGUCAGUAGUAAUUGCAGAGCAACAGUGGUGAAAAUGGAUGGAAUGAUCUUUCGUAGAAGCAGUGGGAUAGAAUAAUAUAUAUACUAAAAAGGACCACACAAGGAGAUUUCAAUGAGUGUCUCAUUGCCAUUAUGUACAUUGGGAGAAGUUAUAAAAAAUGUAUUCGAAAUUUUCUGCAAGGAAAAUAAUUCUGUGAUGUUAAAUUAUAUUAUUUUACCAAUAAAAUUUUGCAUUUUUUUUGUGAACAGAAUACAUCUGUUAUUUCUCUCUCUGGCCAUUUCUUUUAUAGUGAUGUCUAUAGAUGCCAGAGUAAAUUGGUGCACAGGAAUGAAAUCGGAGCUGCACAUUUUUAAAAAAAAAACAACUUUUUUUUAAACCUGUGCUUGAGCUCACUGUAUACUCUUGUACAAAUAAAAACCAUUACAAUUUCUCUUGUCUGUUAUGUUUUCAAUUUUGUUUGCUGCUGAUUUAGCUUGAGGUUUACGAGGAUCACUUUUCCGAAAACAGUACAGAUCUUGGUUAAGGCCUUAGAGCUGUGUUACAGUGAGGAUGUAACGGUUAUCUGCACUGAGCCAACAAUUGGCAUUCUGAGAUCUGAGAACCCGGUAGAUUGGGAAUGAAUCUCCAGUGGAUUAAAGUCGCACCUUCACUAGUGGGUUAUAAAGACCAUACAGUGG